UAUAUAAGUCUAUAACCAUUGUGUGGGUAUCACAGAAAGUUGUCUGAAAGCAAAGAAAUAGAACCUCAUAGAUGGCCAAAGCUAUGGAUACUAAACACCAACACCAAUUGAAUGUCACUUUUCUUCCAUAUCCAACUCCUGGCCAUAUGAACCCCAUGAUCGACACAGCAAGGUUAUUUGCUAGGCAUGGUGUUAAUGUCACCAUUAUAUUAACCCCCGCAAAUGCCUUAACUUUCCAAAAUGCCAUCGACAGUGACUUCAGCCAUGGAUACCAUAUCAGAACCCAACUGGUUCCGUUCCCUGCAGCUCAAGUAGGUCUUCCUGAAGGGGUUGAAAACAUCAAAGAUGGCACUUCCCUAGAACUACUGGGCCGAAUCAGUCGUGGAAUAUCAAUGCUCAAGGAUCAUAUUCAGCUUCUGUUUCAAGAUCUUCAUCCAGAUUGCAUAGUGAGUGAUAUGUUUUAUCCUUGGACUGUGGAAUCCGCAGCAGAACUGGGUAUUCCAAGAAUCUUCUUUUGCAGCUCAAGCUACCUGUCCGACUGUGCUACUCAUUCUGUCAUGCAGCACAGGCCUCAGGAGAGGUUAGUGUCAGAUACCGACAAAUUUUCAUUUCCUGGUUUUCCUCAUAGAAUAGAAAUGACCCCUCUACAGCUUGCAAACUGGCAAAGGGUUCGUGAAGAAGUCUCAUACUAUUUUGAGCUAAUGUUUGCAUCAGAGAGAAGAAGCUAUGGAGCACUCUAUAAUAGUUUUCAUGAACUUGAAAGCGAGUAUGAGCAACUUCAUAAGAGUAUAGUGGGGAUCAAAUCUUGGAGUAUUGGACCAGUUUCAGCCUGGGUUAACAAGGAUGAUGGACAAAAGAUCAAUAGGGAACACAAGGAGGACCUUCCAGAAGAGCCAGAGUGGCUAACUUGGCUUAACACUGAGCCGAAUGACUCUGUAAUUUAUGUGAAUUUUGGAAGCCUCACUAGGCUCCAUCAUGCUCAACUUGCAGAACUGGCUUACGGGCUUGAAAAUUCUGGUCAUAGUUUCAUCUGGGUCGUGAGGAAAAAGGAUGCAGAUGAGAACGAAUACAGUUUCCUGCAAGAGUUUGAGGAUAAGAUGAAAGAAAGCAAGAAGGGUUUUAUCAUAUGGAACUGGGCACCACAGCUGCUGAUAUUGAAUCAUCCUGCCAUAGGAGGCAUUGUGUCUCACUGUGGUUGGAACUCUCUUCUUGAAAGCUUGAGUGCUGGAUUGCCAGUCAUCACAUGGCCUAUGUUUGCAGAACAAUUUUACAAUGAGAGGUUGAUAGUUGAUGUGUUGAAGGUUGGAGUUUCAGUGGGAGCUAAGGAAAACAAGUUUUGGGCAUUAGGUGACAAGGAUAACGUGGUGGAAGGGGAAGAGAUUAUCAAGGCUGUCUUACAGUUGAUGGAGACAGAAGAGGGCAGAGAAAUGAGAAAGAGAGCAAUAAAAUUGGGUGAUGCUUCCAAGAAGACUAUAGAGAAGGGUGGACACUCUUACAACAACUUGAUUCAGUUGAUAGAUGAGCUUAAAUCAUUGAAGAUAUCUAAAGCACUUGCAGAAACAAGUUAGAUAACUGAAAUGGAGCAGCAAUGAAAUGGCUCUAGGAGAUGUAUCGAUGAUUUUCUGAAGCCUUUUAACAAGAUGAAUAAACCGCUUACAAGGCUUUGUGAAACUUUCUAUAUUAGAUGAACAUGGAUUCGGCUAGGUUUCUUGUCGCUGUUUCGUUGUGCCGCUAAUAAUUUAAGUAUUUUUUUUUUUUCCAUUAAUUGCCGUUUGCAUAUUUUAACGAUUUUAGCUCAGGAAAUUGUGACGAAGUGAGAGGUAAGAUAAACAACACUAUUGUGGCUAACUGAUAUCCCAAAUGCCCCACGUGUUGUACGGAAGUUCUUAGAAUGACAAAA